AUGGGCUGCUUCACAUUCGUCAAAUUGAUGAUGGUCUUGUUCAACUUGCUUAUCUUUCUGGGCGGCCUGACCCUGCUGGUCAUGGGGAUCUGGGUCAGCGUCGACGGGGGCUCCUUUCUCCGGCUGCUGAGGCCGUUCUCCAGCCAAGGCCUGCAGGUCAUCAAUGUGGGCUUUUUCUUCAUCGCCAUUGGGGCCUUGCUGGUGCUGCUGGGGCUCACGGGCUGUUGUGCAGCCCAUAAGGAGAGCAAGUGUCUGCUGCUGACGUCCUUCUCCAUCAUCCUCGUCAUAUUCAUUUCUGAAGUGGCAGCUGGAGUCGUGGUCCUGGCCUACUCUUCAUUUGCUGAGGAGAUCCUCAGAGAUUGGGCGACCCCUGCUUUACAGACAGAUUACGGCAGAGACCCUGUGAUCACUACAAUCUGGAACACCACCAUGACAGAGCUGAAUUGCUGCGGUUUGAAGAACUACAAGGACUUUGUGGGUUCUAAGUUUGAAAAGGAGAGCGGGGGCCGCCUGCCGCCCAGUUGCUGCCGGACCAAGAGCUCCUCCUGCAGCUCGGACGAGGCAGGGCUCAGCGCUGUGCAGGGCUGUUUUAAAGAUAUCCUGGAGAACCUCAAUAAGCACAGCAACAUCGUGGGAGGCUUCGCAGCAGGAAUAGCAGCCUUAGAGAUUGGUGCCAUGACAGUGUCCAUGUACCUGUACUGCCACCUGGAGAAAUGAGUCAGCUGAGCUCCUGCAUUGAAAACAUGACAGGAAUCUGCUUUAUUUAACAAUCAGUUAGGACAGUCUCUUUCCUUUCUGGGUCCCCUUGUUUCAGGGAGAUUUCUAACUUUACUAUAAAAUCGUCACAAUUAUAAUGAUUGUAUUUUAUAUAUAGUGGAAAGGUUUAUAAGCAAGAGUGUAAAUACUUCAUAUUU